CAAUGGUUACACGUGCCAACUGCAAACAAGGUUUAGGCUGAAGAGGAGCUGUGGAGAGAAGAACAGUCAUGCCUGGAAUUCUGUUGGGAGAUGUGCUUCCGAAUUUUGAAGCAGACACUACUAUCGGCAAGAUACACUUUCAUGAAUUCCUGGGAAAUUCAUGGGGUAUCUUGUUUUCACACCCCCGUGACUUCACUCCAGUGUGUACGACUGAGCUAGCCCGAGCUGCAAAGCUCAGUGAUGAGUUUAAGAAACGGGACGUGAAGAUGAUCGCGCUGUCUAUCGACAGUGUUGAGGACCACCGUAAAUGGAGUGAGGAUAUUAUGGCAUAUAAUCAAGAAAAGGCAUCCUGUCCCCUGCCGUAUCCAAUCAUAGCAGAUGAUAAGAGGGAGUUGGCGGUCUUGUUGGGGAUGCUGGACCCUGAUGAGAGGGACAAAGAUGGGAUGCCCCUCACUGCCCGCUGUGUCUUUAUUGUCGGUCCUGAUAAGAGACUAAAGCUGUCUGUUCUCUAUCCCGCCACUACGGGGCGCAAUUUUGAUGAGAUUCUUCGUGUCAUAGACUCUCUACAGUUGACAGCAACCAAAAAGGUGGCCACACCUGUGGACUGGAAGCCUGGUCAGGAGGUCAUGGUCAUCCCUUCUCUCUCAGAAGAAGAGGCAAAAAAGCUUUUCCCAGCUGGUUUUACCACCAAAGAGGUGCCUUCCGGGAAAAAAUAUAUACGCUACACUAAACUGUAACUGAGGAAGGAUUCUACAUAAAGCAGAAAUGCUGCAAAAAUAUAGCACUUACAGUACCUGACAUUAGCUCUUAGUCCAAAACCUGUUCAUAGAGGCCCGUACAUUUGUUCGCGAACAGUACACCAUUUAAAUGUUUCCAAUCAAACAUGCAUAUGAUUUGACUUAUCAGAUUGUUAGUGUGGUAGAGUCAUCCAAAAAUGUGGUCCUCUAGGAACAGAUUUAGGAAUUGCUUUUCUUGUCCUUUCAUUCAGACUUAAGAGGCAAUUAUCAGAAUCUAACUGGUUAAAUGUAGUUUGACACUAUACAAUAUAAUUAUUGUAUCGUGCCUUACUUUAAAUAAAACACUUCCUUUUGUAAUUUAUGAUGUUUCAUGUUGAUAUUUUUUCAUUGGUGAAUGUAUAAUCAGACAUUGAACACACAAGCUUUAGUAGUUCAUGCUUAUGAUGUGUCCUUACCAGGCAUGUGUCACAGUUGAUAAGUGCAAUAUGUAGCUUGGAAACUGUAAGACUUACAUUUAUGAAGCUGUAAACCAUAAAGUGGCCUUAUGUAACCCGAAUUGGUCCAAUAAAAUGGUAGUGUAAACAUUAAUAAAGUGAGACCUAUGUGGUGCAGAAAUUGUGCUCAAAAGUAAAUUAGUUGCUUACAUGAACUUUACCACCCUUGGGAGAAUAAAAGAAACUUCAGUUUUAGUCUGUUAAAUCACAGUUUACCCGUUUUGCUUUCCUAAUGGACAUGAUCUUAUUCGAAUCAUCAGUAUGUUAUACCAAAGAACGACCAACAACAUAAAGUAUAAUGAAUAAAAUGUUAUUGUCUUUUCAAACAUUUA